GCAUUUAUACACGUGCAAACUUUGCCCAUGCAUGACACUCCCCAAACCUGUGCGGCUCAACUCCAAAGAACUCAGCAGAUCUUUCCCAACUCAGUUUGAAGGGACAAAACUCUUUCAGCCGUGGAUUUCGCAAACGUCUUUGAGUAGGCAAGGAUCCUGCUCGGUUCGAACACUUUUUUUUCCUCCAGAGCUGGAACUCACAACAGAAAAUGUCUGCAUCGGUGCUGUCUUCUAUAUUUGAUUUCGACAGGCAAAAACUCCCAAAUUCAAAUACAAUCUAUCUCCAGGACAUGCUGGAAAAGAGGAACGUCGGGGUCCCAUUCGCUGCCUCCAAUACCAACAACAACAGAUCUUUUGGUUAUUUCAGGAGUAACUCAACAAACCACAUGGACUUCAACAUGAGCAACCGGCUUCAGAUUGGUUUAGAGAGCUCGACAGCUUCCUUCAUGAAUAAAGAGAACAAGUACAGAGACCGUGCAUUCAGUGAGACUGGGGAACACAGUCAACAACUCCAUGAACUCCUUCAACAAAAGGCCAGUUCUCAGAUCAACUCAACCCGCUACAAAACCGAACUCUGCAGACCGUUUGAAGAAAACGGCUCGUGCAAGUAUGGAGAAAAGUGUCAGUUCGCUCACGGUUACCACGAACUAAGAAACCUGUCCCGCCACCCGAAGUACAAGACCGAGCCGUGCCGCACAUUCCACACUAUUGGUUUCUGCCCAUACGGCCCCCGAUGCCACUUCAUUCAUAACGCGGAUGAGCGCAGAGCCGCCACAAGUAACGCUCUACCAAGACUUAACCGGGAGAUGGGUGUAUUGAGUGUCUUGGGAGAGAAAGAGUCUACAAAUCCGUUUCUGACACGAAGGGAACGACCGAAGCUGCACCACAGCUUGAGUUUUUCGGGAUUCUCCAGCUCCCGCAGUAACGAGUUGGCGUUGAUUGACAGCCCAACAUCACGCACGCCCCCACCGCCCACCUGUGCGUUCAGCUUCUACGAGGAUGCGCUCACUCCCAAUUCCCCCUGUCUAAACGCGUUCACUUUCCCUGAUCAGGAUCUUAAAGCUUUCCUUGCGCCUAUCAUCCCUCAGACCAGUGGAGCCUUGUUCGGUAACAUCCAGGCAAAUGGUUGCCCUCCAUCACCUCCUUUCAAAAUGAGCCACUUUCCUUCCAUGCAUCCACUCUCUGAGUCUCCAGUGUUUGAUUCUCCUCCAAGCCCACCAGAUUCCCUCUCAGAUCCUGAGGGGUACCUGAGUGGCUCUUGCUGUUCCUCUGGCACAAUCAGUGGCUCGGAGUCACCCAAUAUGGAUGCCAAUAGACGUUUGCCAAUCUUCAGCAGGCUGUCGAUUACAGACGAUUAACUUGCUAUUAUUGUUAUAGCCUUUUAUUCAAGUUGUGCCAACAUGAGUUUCAGGUCAAAUAUCAAAUCAGUGUCAGCUGUUGGUUUAUGCCAAGUGUUCGUCUCAUGAUUGAGAUCCUUUUUUGAGAUACUUUUCCUUACAACUUACCAAGAUGAUGGCUUUUAUGUAGACCAUUAUGGGGAAAUUCCGGGUUCAAUACAAGUUGAGCUCAAUCGACCACAUUUUUGGAGUAAUGUUGAUUUAAUACAAUAAGUGAAUGGGGCCAAUCCAUAAAUGUUAAAAUACCAUUAAAUCCAUAAGACAAACCAAAUGUGUGCUAACAUGAUUUUAGUGUGACAAUCGCUUUCUAACAUUUUCAGUGGGAAGUUCAACCAAUUUUACAGCUUUGUCACAAUGACAACAUAAUGCUGUAAUUUUGCAAAAAAAUAUGAUUGAAUCAACUUUACAUCUUAAAUGAUACAAUGGUUUUAACAGAAGAAUUCAUGUAAUGCUUCCAUAAAAUAAAAGGAUUAAUAUUUCUGCCUUUUUAAACCCUCCAAAGAUUGGCCUCAUUCACUUCCAUUGUAAGUGCCUCAUUACAACUUAAAUGACUAUUCCACCAAAUGCCAUUUACAAGCUUUACUUGUAUUAACCCUGAAUAUUCCUUAAGUAACCGUCUUCGGAAAACAUUCCAUAAGUUUGUGUUUGGCAGUGCCUCAAAGUGGUGUGAGAGAGCACAAGCACUAACUGUGGAGGGACCACUAGGUUGGUCAUGGAAUGUCACUGAAGAUACUAUAUAAAAAACAGCUGUGUGGUAUCAUUGCAUUUUGCAUCAUGCUAUGAAAUCUAUUUAACUUAUUUAUUGUCAUGUGAAAGCAUAGCCUUCAAGGAUGAAUUGAGUCCAUAUGGUAUUUAUCAAAUCUGAAGCAAUGCAUUUAUAUUCCUGUUUAAAUUGUGAUCUUCAAUAUUAAUCUGGAAGCAGUUGGGUUUGUGUCACAAUAAUAUAUUUUUGUUAACUUGUUUAUUUUACUGUAAAUAGGUAAAUAAUUUAAGAAAUUGUAUGCUAUUUAUUUAAAUUGUUUACUGUGUAUAUUAAAAAGUGGGAGUGUCCGAUGAGGUCACGCUGUGAUUUCUUGUUUGGUAUAGGGGGUGCCAGAGGAUCUAUGGGCAUUUGUAGAUAGUAGCCUGUCUUAAAUGGUCUUUUUGACCAUAAAUAACUAACUGACUUCACACCUAUUAGUAUGAGUGUUUGUUAUGAUUAGCAACCAUAAGGACAACCAAAAAAAGUAUAUUUGCACACAGUUGAGUGAUGAUUGCAGUCUAGUGCCACAGAAUGUAGCACUCUCCUAUCUUCAGCGUAAUAACUAGCUAAUAUGUGCCUGCUGGGGUUGAUGAUCCCACAUAAUUUAAUCUAACAAAGCAGUUGCUUUAGUGUAUAUCUAAAGCCAGUCGAAUUGAAUGUAGCUUUAAACUUAGAUUAACAUGCUGUAUUUAUGGUGACUAAGAUACAUUUUCAUUCUGUUUAUUUGUCUAUUUUUAGAUAAUUUCAUCAUACCAUUCCUAAUGAAAUGAACUCUGCCUUACCAUUUUAAUUACAUCUGAAUUUUCUGGCUUGAGGCAUUACGUUUUUGUAGUUGAUUUAACAACUAUUUAACUUUUUUAGAUAAGAAGUAAAGCACAACUUUGAAUGUAAUAAGGAAAAAGUCAGCUGGAGUUAUGAGGGAGUGUGUAUACAAAGUGUGUAGAGUAAAUGUGUACUGUAUGAUUUUAAUAUUUCCCCUAGAACUUCUAAUAAAUUCAUUUUUUGA